AAACCGCCGUCAUGCCUCACUCGUACGGUCUGCGCGCCGGCACUCGGUAUGCCUUCAGCCGUGGCUUCAAGGAGAGCGGUAUGAUCCGCCUCUCUACCUACAUGAAGACCUACCGUGUUGGUGAUAUUGUUGAUCUUAAGGUCAACGGUGCCGUCCAGAAGGGUAUGCCCCACAAGGUCUACCACGGUAAGACCGGUGUCGUCUACAACGUCACCAAGUCCUCCGUCGGUGUCAUCCUCUACAAGAAGGUCAACAACCGCUACCUCGAGAAGCGCAUCAGCGUCCGCAUCGAGCACGUCCAGCACUCCCGCUCCCGCGAGGACUUCAUCAAGCGUGUCAAGGAGAACGCCAUCAAGAAGCGUGAGGCCAAGGAGAACGGUGUCCACGUUCACCUUAAGCGCCAGGCCGUUGGUCCCCGUGAGGGCCACUUCGUCAAGCAGGCUGGCAACAAGCCCGAGACCGUCGUCCCCAUCGCCUACGAUACCCACAUUUAA